AUGCAGCGAUCUCAGCGCGAAACCUGGUCGGAAACCGCCCCGGAUAUGCAUCCGUACGGCGUCGGAGGUCGUGCAACUCGAGACGGUCGCGACGCUGCGCUCUAUGCGCCAACGAACGUGAACGAAGACCAUUUUCGGCUGCAUGAAACACGCGCACCGUAUAGGCGGCAUUCAAAACGCGAGUCUCUGAAACUGCGCGAGGCAUCCGGGUCAACCGGAAUAGAAGAGCAUACAGCGGGCUCUGUUUACGGGAUCGGGGAUGCUCCAACAGGAACGAAAGGCCGCACACUCUACAGGCCUUUAGAGCCGCAGUCUGGGUGCGUGCUAUCGGUGGACCUGCAUGAACCUAGCAGCUUUCCAGCUUCGGAGGCGUUCCCAUCGGGAGCGGUCGCUGCUCGACGGGACUCUUGGCUCCCAUGGUGGAGCGCUUCUGAGCGAUGGCAUUCGCAGCACGCGCCGCUCCAGCUCCCAAGAGUGCCUGUUGCACUCCAUGUAGCUGGUUGGAUGGUCGUCUGGGUGCUGGUGCUCAUCAGCUUGCGCAGACGCAGCCGAGAGCGUGAGGAGCGAAGCGCGCUCUUCGCCCGCUCCUGCCGCAAGCGCACUCCUGCGAGAGGCAGGUUCCCUGAAAGCCCUGCAUCGGCUGCUUCUGUCAUACGGCAUGUGCAACCGUGCUAUUGGCUGCUGCCGCUGCUGCCUCUACCCAAGCCAGUACGGCUGUACAGCGCGCGUGCAUGGCCGACACUCAAGACAAUCGCGUGCCGGAAGCUGCACGAUCCCGACCGUCUCGAGCGUCUGUGGUACCGACGCCAUAGUCGCCAUUAUGCGAAUCUGCAUGAUCUAUCCCUCAGCGCCACUUUCGUCGCCUUGUCGGAUUCCAAUGACGACUCCGAAGACGCGGCGAUACCGACGAAUGAAGAAUACACAGCGCACCGCAGCGAGUUACCUGCUUCAGAACUGAUGGACCAUCGAUCCGCCAAUGUCCAUACAACUGAGAAUCUCGCAUUCCCUACAGUUUUCGGGCAGAUAGAGAAGAAUCAAGCGCCAUUCCGAGCGCGCCUGGAAAGCAAACCACAAAUACAAGUGCUGUGCGAAAGGAAUCAAGAUGUACCCGAGAAGCAAUCGAAGUCAGGUCCCCGCAAAGGGCCAAUGGGCAAACGCGCAUCUCUGCCAGCGUCUUGGGAUGAUAGCAUCCAGUAUUCGUUGCCGAUGCCUGGAGCUGAAUUAUACGCGCCCGUUUUCGAGAACGUCAGCAGCAGCAGCAGCAGAAGCCUAUCGGCGCUUGGCUUCUCACUUGCAGAGCCCGAAAAGGAGAACAGCGAUUGCCCCUGGGAGCAUCUGGCGUCAAUCAUAGGGACCACUUUUCCCUCGGGAUCUCCUAGUGCGCAUUCUACCCGUAGUUCCCACGAAGCGAACGAGCAUCCGCUGGAAAUCGAGGCCUGCGGACAUGCACGCCACCCCGAUCGAUACGCCGGCGCGAUGACUGCACUCAGUGCGCUUUCGAUCUCUGAACAUGAAGGCGCCCAGGAUGGCGUCCAUGCGGCGCUGCCUUGCCAGUCGAGUACCGCUGCCGAGUGCAAUGCGAAACCGGUGGACUCGUUCCCCACAGGACCGAUGCAGAGUCUUCCGUUGCUCUCAGCGCUCAUGUGGCAGGAUGCCCGCGUACGACGUAACCCAGACGGCAACUGGUGGCUCGAGCGUCAUGGCGAGUACCGCCUCGAGAACCAACCCCAGGUCCUAUUCCGUUUCGGGGACAAGUUCGGUGUGGAUGCACGAAUCUUGCCACACAAUCACGAAUCCCAAGUAUGGUACGAGUGGUACUUUGAAAGCCGCCGCGCCGACUCAUCUGCCGAGCAUCCGCAGUACCACGGUUGUCGAUGGGGUCGCAACACCGCCGGCGAGACCUGGCAUGUUCGGUACCACACCGAUGCUGAUGGUCAUCACUGGGAGGACCGUCUCGACUCGACUGGGCAUCGUUUGCCGCCAGAUGCGAAUAUAUGCAUCGUUCAGCGGCUCGCGGGCUCCUUGUCAUCGGACUAG